AUGGAGAAGCUAGCUAGACAGCCCGUGUGUGACCAUGUAAAGGCGAAAUCAUUGAAGCAGGAUCUUAAGAGGGAAAAGGAAUUCUGGAGAUGUCAGUCUCGGGUUCAGCGGCUUCAAGCUGGUGAUAAAAAGACAAACUUAGGUGUUUUUACCAACUUAGAGGAACUGGAUAUGAGCUAUAAUGAUUUGACCGAAUUUGUAGCCUGUAAAGAUGGGGUUUUCACCAAUGGAAGCAUUCCAUUACUAUUAAAAUUAGUAGAGGCAUUCCCAUCAGUUAAGACCUUCUAUCUACUAGAGAAUUACUUAAACAAGACUAUGGUUGCUCAGGAUCAAGAAUUGCAUGUGCGGAGCAAUGUGAAGGAAAUAUUUCUAGGCGGUUCCUAUCUCGACAAUAACAUUUUGCAAAGCAUUGGAGUAUUCACUUCUCUUAAAACUUUGUCUUUAAGUAACUGUGGAUUUAGUGGUUCCUUACCUAAUCAAGGUUGGUGUGAUCUAAGGAACCUUAAAAGUUUGGAUAUCAGUAGGAAUGCACUUGAGGGGAUACUUCCUUAUUGUUUGGGUAACUUGACGUCUCUUCUUCAGUUGGAUAUCUCCUACAAUCAAUUUACAGGAAAUUUGACUCCUUUAGCAAAUCUUUCAUCACUUGGAUUCGUCUUCCUUUCAAGAAAUCAUUUUCAAAUUUCAAUGCCAUUCCUUGCAAACCUUCCAAAUCUCAAAUUUCUCUUGGGUGAUGAAAACAAGAUGGUAGUAGAACCUGAUUCCUUUCAUACUUCAAUUCCAAAGUUCCAACUAAAUUUCAUCAGUUUGUCAAAGUGCACAACAGAUAAAGGACUUAGCCUACAACCUCUUAAGUUCCUUUAUUACCAAUAUGACUUGAGAUAUGUUGAUCUUUCCUAUAACUAUUUCAGUGGAACAGUCCCGUUAUGGUUGCUAGAAAAUAACACAAAAUUAGAAAAUCUCUUCUUAUUGGGCAAUUCUUUCACCGGUCCUCUCUUGUUACCGCAACUUCCUAAUCCUAAUGUGUCUGUAAUUGACAUAUCUAAUAACAAAUUACAAGGUCAAAUUCUGACAAAUAUAUGUUCAUCUUUUCCAAAUUUGGAAAGGUUAUUCUUAUCUAAGAAUGCCUUUGAAGGUAAUAUCCCUCCUUGUUUAAGUGGCAUGAACACUUUAUCAAUUUUAGACCUAUCGGACAAUCAUUUGUCUGGAAGAGUACCAGAAAAGUUGAUCAUGAGAAGCUCAUUAGAUAUUCUUAGGCUAUCAAAUAACAACCUAAAUGGAAAGAUUGUUCCUAUGAUGUUCAUCAACACAAGCAAGUUGUCAAAAUUGUAUUUGGAUGGCAAUAAUUUUGCUGGAGAGAUUCCUGAUAUUGAUGUCUUUGCUACUGAUUUUUCAUAUUCAUCACUAGAGGAUAUUGAUCUCAGUAAUAACAGUUUUAAUGGAAAGCUCCCAAGAUGGAAAGGGAAUGUACCGUCUUUGGAGAGAUUGGCUUUGUCCAACAAUCAUUUCGAAGGUUCUAUUCCAAUGGAAUUGUGCAACUUGUAUGAGCUUGAAUUUUUGGAGCUUUCUCAAAAUAAUUUAUCUGGCUCUAUUCCUUCUUGUUUCAAUUCACCAUAUUUGAGACAUGUCCACCUGAAGAGAAACAUACUAAAUGGUCCAUUGACACUUGCUUUUAAUAGCUCUUCAUUAGUGACAUUAGAUCUUAGAGGGAAUAAUUUGACCGGUGAUAUUCCAAAAUAG